AUGGCUAAAAAACCGGAGCAAAAGAUGGUCUCUAUCAAGAAGGAGAAGACUGACACCCCUAAGAGCACCACCACCGCUCCUCCGCAACUUCUCGCGUCUAUUUCCUCUUUCCUGUCCAGCAAUGGCUUCAACACCACCAACACUGCGUUCGGAAAGGAACUGAAGAAGGCCAUCAGCAAGGCUGACACGAAGAAUGCUCCGUCUUUGCUGGAAAUUUUCCAGGCUUGGGAGAAGAACGAUUCUUCUAGCUCAAGCUCCGAUAGCGACAACGAUAGCAGCACCGAUUCCAACUCCGACUCUGAGAGCGAUUCUAGCGACUCGGACGUUGAGAUGGAGGAUGCGCCCAAAGCUGUGAAGGACCAGAAGGCUCGCUCCCCCUCUCCUUCCUCUUCCUCUAGCUCUGAGAGUGACGCCGACGAUGAGGACGAAGAUGAGGCUGCUCCUACUCCUGCUCCUGCUGCCAAGAAGUCCGCGGGUGUGAAGCGCAAGGCCGAAUCCAGCGACGAGUCAUCGUCUGAUUCGAGCUCUGAUUCCGGUUCCGAGAGCGAUGCGCCCAAGGCCAAGAAGGUUAAGACCACUAAGAAGGACGAGUCCUCUUCUGAAUCUGAGUCUGACUCAUCGGCCUCGUCCUCUGAUUCCAGCUCCGACUCGAGUGACUCCUCUGACUCCGACUCUGGCUCCGACUCUGACUCCUCCGAGUCGGAGUCUGAGAAGGAGCCCGUCAAGAAGGAAGAUGCUAAGGCCCUCAAGCAGGCAAAGAAGACCCCCCUCCCCGAGUCUUCUGACUCGAGCUCAUCCAGCUCCUCAUCGGACGAUAGCUCUGAUGACGAAGAGGCCGGCGGUGUCACCGUCUCUACCUCGUCCGACUCCAGUGCCACCGUCGCUGCUUCCCCUGGACCUUCUGCCGUUGAUAACAAGGCCUUCGACAACGUGCGGGACUCUUCGUCGAGUGCCAGCCCCGUCCCUGGAAAUGGCUCCGCAAAGAAGCACACAGGAGCUCGUCCCACCCCGCUUGCUGCUUUGAGCGCCCUUCCUUUUGACGGCCCCAAGAAUGAAUACAUUGCCUAUGCCUAUGCUGACCGCGCCUACGCGGAUCUGUCAGUCACUCGUGGAAAGGGUUUCACCAAGGAGAAGAACAAGAAGAAGCGCGGCUCCUACCGUGGUGGCCCGAUCGACAUCGCUGGGGGCAAGUCUUUCAAGUUUGACGACUAG